GACUGUUUUCGGCCACAACCUGUCAUCCGUCCACGGCCAAAGGACACUUGAUUUAGAUGAACUGCGCUCGUUCUUGACACCCACUCAAACCCAGAGACGUUGUCAUUUGUGUAUGAGCUUAUUUUUUUUGUAAAUGUAUGACUGAAGGACGAGACUUCAUGUGCGACAUCCGCCGGCGUCCAUGGUAGAGUCAGAUCUGAAGAGUAAAGCUCGUCCCGAAGCAGGAGGAGCUCAACGAAGGAGAGACACUGAUUUUAUUAGCUCACUCUUUGCUUCUUUAAUUCCUCACAUCAUCUUUAUCUCUCAUGGAUGUGGCACAUUCCUGAGCAGAGAGGAUGACAUCGGAGGCUACCGUCUCCACACCACCUGCCAUAAGCAGCAGCCCGCCCACCAAGAGGGACUACUACUGGCUCCGCUCCUUUGUAGCUGGAGGUGUAGCAGGAUGCUGCGCCAAGACAACCAUCGCUCCUCUGGACAGAGUCAAGAUUCUUCUACAAGGCCAGAACCCCCAUUACAAACAUCUAGGAGUGUUUUCCACCCUCACGGCUGUGCCGAAGAAAGAAGGCUAUCUUGGAUUGUACAAGGGUAACGGGGCGAUGAUGGUCAGGAUUUUUCCUUAUGGAGCUAUCCAGUUCAUGGCCUUUGACUAUUACAAAAAGCUGCUAAGUAAACGGAUAGGCAUAUCCGGACACAUCCACCGCCUGAUGGCAGGUUCUAUGGCAGGAUUGACUGCGGUGAUUUGCACUUACCCUCUGGAUGUGAUUCGAGCCAGACUGGCCUUCCAGGUCAAAGGAGAGCAUCGCUACACUGGAAUUGCAAACGCCUUCCACACCAUCUACCUGAAGGAGGGAGGGGUUUCGGGUUUCUACAGAGGACUAACCCCGACACUUAUUGGAAUGGCCCCUUAUGCAGGUUUCUCGUUCUUCACUUAUGGCACCCUGAAGAGCCUUGGCUUAAAGCAUUUCCCGGAGCUGCUGGGACGCCCGUCCUCAGACAAUCCCGACGUCCUCGUCCUGAAAACCAAAGUCAACCUGCUCUGCGGAGGAGUUGCCGGUGCCAUCGCUCAGACAAUAUCGUACCCGCUGGAUGUGGCCAGGAGGAGAAUGCAGUUAGGAUCCGUGCUUCCUGACUCUGAGAAAUGUGUGUCACUGAGGAAGACCCUGACGUACGUGUAUACGCAGUAUGGCAUCAAAAAGGGACUGUAUCGAGGUCUGUCUCUCAACUACAUCCGCUGUGUUCCCUCCCAAGCUGUGGCCUUCACCACCUACGAGUUCAUGAAGCAGGUCCUCCACCUGAACUAGCCACCGUUUUGAUUCCUUCCAGGUGAAGCAGCUCAACCCCAAUGCUUCUUUUCCAGAGAGAUCCCGGGACUCACUAAUGUCUUAAGAGACUUUAGCAUAGAACCUGCCAUUUCCUUGUGUUCACUGGACCCACCAAGGAACUCCCUUAAUUCUCUCCCGUCUCAUUUCCACUUACUGUGACUCACGACCACUGAAGUAAUGAUUAACUCAAACUCCAUAACCAUGUAGCGUAAAUCUGAGCAGCUAUUUCAUCAGUGUUUCCAUAGAUACAGCAGUAUAGAUGUGUUAUUAGUCCUGCUUGGUUGAUUGGAGGGCAGUGUUGUACUCCAUCAAUUAGACGCACAACAAGAACAACCCACUGAUUAUGUGGCAGCGCCAUCACAAACGACACACACACUUUUUACCGACGUCAAACAGUUGCUAAUUUGUGAAAUAAUCUGAUGUUUUUGUUUAUUUGGGUCAUACUGUAGUAACUUCUGGAGAAGUUGGUCUUUGUGUGCCUUUGUUUCACAAAAUCUAAGAUUAAUAUUAUAACCCAGUUUACCUGCAGGGUUAUUUUUAAAGACACAGUUGCCCGGAUUGCACAUGAUUUCAGUUUUCAUUUUCAAGGCAACCUCACGUUUGUUUUAUUGCCGAAUAUGAAUUAAAUAUGGCAGUUGAUGUAUGUGUCUUAACGAGCUGGGAAAAACCCGUGUCGUCACGUGUGUGGAUUUGUGCACCUCGAUGUUCCGCGUGUCGCUUUGAUGAUGUUGAAUUGUCUGCAGGAUCUCAGGAGAAACUUGCACUGUAGCUUUCUCUCGUUUGUCUAUUUAUUGCUAUAGCGACCCACUGCCACUUGGUGGCAGCGUUCAAUAUGAUUUGAAGUGUUUACCGUCAGAGCUGGAGAUGUCACUCCUCCACAUCUUAUCAAACACAAGACAGAUUAUCCUUUUUUUUCACCGUUCUAACCAAAAAAAAAAAGGUUCACUGAUAGUGAGAAUAUUGAAAGCAGCCAAAAUGUUGUUUACAUUGAUUUUCCAGGAACGAGUGUGUUGUUUAAUAACACACAUUUUCAGCUUCCUUCUUUCCAUUUAACCUAAACUUACUUUAGAAGAGUGAAUUAACAGUCAGAAUUCCCCCCACAUGCUUUACAAUGAGCAAGAUGCCAUAAAGCAGUGAUUUUUGACCAUUUUGGCGUAAGAUUAUAUCGUUAGAGGAGAGACAAAAAAAAGAAGUGAAAGAAAUCUAUAGACAUUAUAUGCAGCAAUUCACAUUACGAUGCAGUAAACCACUCUUCUGAGGCCCAAACUCUUCAUCUCACUUGUCUGUACUCUGGACUCUAUUAGGUCUAAAGAUCUCUGAACCGAUAAUUCUCCCAGAUCACGUUGUAAAGUGCGAGUAAAUGACUGACUUGUGUGUUACUGGUAAUUUCCGAAUGCACAGUAUUUAACACGUGGACUGGUCUUAGCACACCUAAUGUUUUUUCUGAACGUCUGUACUCCUGCUGUACACAUACACAGCCCUGCGUGACUGUUGUUUUACGUCUCCAAUCAGCUCUGUUCCUGCUGCUCAUUGUAACCGAUCAUUUUAAAGGACAACAAAUAAUACCUUAAUCAUGUAAAUGCAUUUAUACAACUUCAUUUGGCUCAAGGUUUGGACAAUGACUGAACAAUGAAAAUGUCUUGUUUUUCUUUGUACAUGUUCAUUUUUUGUCUGCCGUGCUCUUUUAUAAACGGAAAUAAAUCCUGUUUUUCCUUCUUAAAA